GUGUGUGAAGACGUCAUCAUGAUGUUAUACAAGACGAGCCUGAGGAAGUCGCUGACGGAGCUCCUGGUGGUGGUGGUACUACUGUUUCAUGGGACGAGGAGCAUCCAGGUGUUAGAGUUCCAGAGGGAUGGUGUGGCUAGUGUGGAGACGAUGGGGGAAUAUAAAGGUGUGGUGGACCGCAACUGGAGAAUGGAUUCCCUCACACUCUGCGCCCGAUUCAAGAUAUUUUUCCUACACAACAGAGGGACUUUCUUUCAGCUGAAGGAUACCGUUGACGACUGGGAAAAUCAGCUGAAAGGAGAGUUGUGGCUGAACCGUGUUAGACCAGUCAUGGCUCACCGCUACCAGUUCCAACUUCUUAAGAACAAACUAAGAACAUUCAAAUGGUACCACCUGUGCUUCACCUACGACCACCUGAAGCACCUCUACAACACAUUCAUCAACGGGGAGCUCAUCUUCGAAUUGACAUACGACGUGGCCCGCCAGAUCUACGGUGACUACGCCCGGGUCGGCCAGGCGGGUCCUCUGUACGAGAGUUUCAGCGGCGCUCUGUCGCAGGUCAAUGUGUGGGACUCUGUGGUGAGCGCUGACGUAAUCGCUCAUAUGGCUGCCUGCAAGAGUGACCCUCAGGGUAACUACAUCUCCUGGGAGGUCGGAUGGAACCUUUUUAAGGUCACGGAGUACAACGUUCCUCUCAGUCACUUCUGCCAACAGACAAAAGACACAACCUACUUUGGCUUUCCGGAUUUGCGAAUGGAUUUCGCAUUCUACAUCUGUGAGGCCCUCGGCACCCACCUGCCAGUCACGAAAACCAUGGAAGAGGUAGACUUCUGGUUCAACCUGUCGGCUCGCUCUUGGCCCGACCACCAGGAUGUGUGUGGGCAUGAUUUCUGGGGCGCUGUCACCGACAUCCGUGAGGAGGGCACUUGGGUCACCCACUACGAUAAUGCCCCCGCCCCGCCCCUUGCCUGGGAUGACGGAGAACCCAAUGGUAUAUAUUAUGAAAACUGUGGCAAGAUUGAACCCAUUGGCUUGUCAGAUAUCAACUGCCUGACAAACAUUAUGUGCGCGAUAUGUGAGUUUCCAGAACAGCAGAUCUUCUCCUUCCUGGGCACGUGUGAGCUGGAGUUACGCAACAUCCACUUCAUCGCCUACCAGGAGCGUCUGGGUGACCUGUACUUUAAGGGAUAUGGUGAGUACCUCAUCCGCCAGGAGGGAGAAGAGUGGGUGUGGAUUAACGUCGUUAAGAACCGAACUCUGGCGAGACUAGACCGCAAUUCACCGUUUAAUAUGCCUAUGGGACGUCGCGUCUGGCAUCUUGAGACAACAGUUUGUAACCAAGUGAAAGGUGCACGAACCCUGGUUCUCACACCUUGCCAGUCAGACAGUUACACUUGUGAUGACGCCACGUGCAUCCCGCUCGAGAAUCGUUGUGACUUUAAGUAUGACUGUCAGGACCGCAGCGACGAAGUCGACUGUGAACUUGUCGGUAAACCUGGAGACUACAAGAAGGAGCUGCCGCCACGACUCGGCGAUGACAAAGAAGCAGCGAGUUUACCUGUAACUAUCAAGAUCAACAUCGAGUCCACUACCAUAUACACAACGCAGAUGACCAUGCAGUUGUCUUACGAGAUUCACAUGACUUGGUUCGACAACCGCCUCACGUAUCGCAACCUGAAGACCAACGACAGCCUCAACAAGGUGCCCUUCUCCAGCAUGAUGAGUCUGUGGUCGCCCACCGUCGGGUUUGUCAACACGGAGGGUCACCAACACACCACCGUCGACAUAGAAUCACUGUUGUACCUCCAGCGCCAUCACCCGCCACCACGUAGAGACAACAGCGCUCCUGGUGAAGUGGACCUGUUCCCGGGUGAGGAGAACCCCCUCACGAUCUCCAGGAAGUACAGCACCACCUUCAACUGUGACUUCAACCUGGUGCUGUACCCGUUUGACGUGCAGCACUGUGACAUGCACCUCAGGAUGCUCUCCGGCUCCAAGAAUUACCUCACUUUCGAAGACAUCUCCUCCAGCGCCGCCUACCAUGGUAGUGAACUGCUGCUGGAGUAUCAGAUCAAACAGCCCAAACUGCUGUACGACAACAGCCAGGAGUUCAGCGAGAUGAUGGUGAGGGUCACACUCCAGCGACGCUCCGGCUACUCCAUCCUCAACAUCUACACGCCCUCCAUGAUCCUAAUUGUGAUCAGCUACGUCAGCCUCUUCUUCCGUCCACACAUCCUCGAGGUUCGGGUCAUGACAACCCUGACGUCACUGCUCGUGUUGGCUACACUCUUUACACAGGUAUCUGCCUCACUACCCAAGACGUCCUACUUCAAGAUGGUGGACGUGUGGCUCCUCUUCUGUAUCGUCAUGAGUUUCCUCAUUAUAAUAUUCCACACCAUCAUCGACAACACCCUGAUUGACGCUAUACCCGGGAUGACCGCCUCCUCUCCCCCGGCACCCACCAAAGUCUUACCCCUCUCUGUCGACAGUCGUCCCUCCAGCAGCGACUUCAGGAGCUACGCACAUCUCGGAAAGACCACUAAGAGCCUCAUCACUGCCUCCCGCUACAGUAUCUUCGCUAUCUUUACUCUCUUUAACUUGAUUUAUUGGUCAUAUAUCUUUGGCUAACAGGUUCUCUUCGUGUUAUUUAUUUUUUUAUUUUUUUUAUUUUUUUAUUUAGCUUAACGUAAUUUAAUUCAGUGAUUCAUUUUCUUCGUCUCACCAUAUCAUUUAUUUUUUGUGUUAAUAGAUGUGACAAUUUGUUCUUGUUCUUUGUUAUAGGUUCUGUAGUGUUGUUUUUGUUUAACCAUUACUGUUAUUAACCAACUGAUCUCAUGUUUGUAGACACGUUUGUUAAAUGGUUUAGUAUUAUUAACUCACUUGAUAAUACCUUAAUGACUCUGGUAUAUCUAAUGAUGAAUCCUAACUCUAAUUAACCACCGUUUCAUGUUUCACGUUAAUACUCUAAACAAUAUUCCUUAAGUUAAUAUUCACAAGUAAUAUUCCUCGUAACAUUCAAUUGUUAAUGGACUAGUGUAAUUAUUAACAUUAUUACCCACUUAAAGACUUUACUAAUUGAAGAACAGUAAUAACAUUAUCUCAACAACAUAACAACUAUCCACACACAUGAAAACAACUGUAGAUAACUUGUAGAUCUAUAGCUUAGUCAAUAGUCUACACACGUACCAAAAAACUAUCUUUCCCAUUUUAUCUGACACAAUAUGACACAACGGAUGAAACAUUUUGACAACUCCUACCCAGACAACAGGAGUUAGUGUUCAUUCUGAAAUUCAUCGUUCCUCUCCGUGAAGAUACUUUUUUGGGUGUGUGUACUGAGAGUUAAUAAGUGUCUUGUGAAAGUAAUGAGAUAUUCUUAGUUGACUCUGAACAUUUGUCCUCUUACUUGUAACUGCACUACUCAACUAGUUAACCUGUGCGUCUUUAUCUUGCAAUUAAAUUUAUUACUGUG